CGAUAAUCUUCGAACUCUAUAGAAUGCCUAGACACCCUUUCUAUAUAAGCCACAUACCUGAGCGCUAGACGCCCUGCUCGUCGCUGCAAACGAUCACGCUUGCUUGCGUCAGUACACGCGGGUCCGAAGGCACGGGCGCUAACAUUGUUUCAACCUGGCACUGCACCAUCAACACUCAAGACGCCAGCGCGGCUGCGACUCGCACGAAUCUGCUUGCUCAACGUCCCGCGUAUCCAGGCACGCCAAUUCCAGCCCAAGAGAUUCCCGAGGUCUCAGAAAAUCCCGAUUACGUACGCGUUGCAGCCGUCCCGCGAUCACCUUACGAGUCCGAAUCCCCGCGGCAGCCUUAAUGCGAGGUACGACCUCAGCAUUCACCAAUCUGGCCUUUUGCACGCCCGAGCCAUGAACCGCCUCAGACGGAAGACGACAGCUCGGUGAUCGCUAGUAACCCUCUAAAAUAUCUGCGACCGUCGAGGAGAAACGUCCAGACGACGGAAACAUGAGCGGGCAACGGAAGGGAGGAUGGGGCUCAUUCCUGGGCACCGCCGUUGCCGGCCUGGAGUCGCGGCUGGAUACUAUACUGGCGGACGAUGACCAGGCGAGCGCGAGGGCGAGAGCUGCUGAGGCGGCGGCUAAGCAGGAGGCUGCUGAGAAGGCGGCGGCGGCGGAGAAGCGGAGGUUACAGGUCGACCAAGGCGUUUCGCGAAGCUCGUCACGAAGCAGGCCCAGCUCGAGGUUACAGGACCGACUGGCAAAGGCCGUGAACAAGGGAAAAGACGGAGAGUCAAGACCAUCGUCUGAGAUUGGGUCUCGCCCGGAGAGCCCAGCAUUGAAGAGCCCAGGAAUAGUCUCCGACGCCGGAAGAUCAAGUUUUGAUUCGAAGGUAUCGGAGCGGGUCACGGAGGGUGCUCUCGUUGGUGAAAAUGAGACUCCCGAUAAUGAGGAAACAAAAGUUGAUCCUUCACCGCGACUCUCCGCUGAAGCGCCGCUAUCAUCGCCGCCGCCUUCGUCCAUCGUAUCCGAACAACCGCUUUCAACGACGUUACCUACAAUGUCUAUACCCACAAUUCUCACGCCUCAGACUUCUUCUCCGCGCCAAUCGCUAGAUAGCAUUCGGUCGCGCCCCUCCGUCGAGAUCUCCACUCCUGCAGAGCCCGAGACAACUCGAGACGCCGAGGUCCUUGCAGCCGAGCUAUCCACUCUUGAGAAAACACACGAGGAGACACUCCGCGAACAUCGCGAGGAGCUGAACUCUCACCUCGAGCGCAUCGAUGCCUUGCAAUCUAAGCUUACAUACCUCUCCCAGCAGCUCGCGUCCUCCGCCAAAGCCGCCUCGUCGGGGGCGGAAGCCACCCCGGCAGACAAGAAGCUGGCAGAGAAGGAUGCGCAGAUUGCGGCACUCAUGGAAGAAGGCCAAAAGCUUUCGAAGACGGAGAUGAAGCACCUGGGGACUAUAAAGAAGAUGCGGACAAAGGCCCAGGAGACAGACAAGGAGAUUGACACGCUCAAACUGCGGUUAUCCAAGGCGGAGAAGUCAAUAAGAGAGCAGACGGACAGGGCAAAGCGUGCUGAAGCUUCCGAAAAGGCCGCACAGGAGAAGCUCAAGGUUGUUGCAAGGAUUGAAAAAGACAUUGAGCUCAUUAGGGAAGAGCGUGAAGAGGCUGGGCUUACAAUAGCGGAGCUCCGGAGGCAACUCAAUGAUGCGCUUACUAGAGCUGAGGAUGCCGAGAAGAGAGUGCAAGCUGGAGCGCUAGAAGCUGAAAAGCGAGUCACCGCAUCGCUGAAGGAAGACAUGGAGAAUAUGCGGAUAGAGAAGAAGCUCGUCGAAGACCGUGCGAAGCGAGAGCUACAAGAGGCUAAAGAGGAGGCUAAAAGGCAGCAAGAGAGGGCAAAAGUCGCCGAGCUUGAACUUCGCGGCGAGAUUGCUAAUCUCGAGAGCAAACUUGAGCUCCUCCGCAGCCGCUCCGAGGAAGUCUCAUCGUCAGCAACCGGCGACUCCCAAGCGAAGCUUCUCCGCCAAAUCGAAACCCUGCAGACUCAAUAUGCUCUUGCUUCCGAGAACUGGCAAGGAAUCGAGAGCACACUGACAUCUCGUGUCGCAGCGCUUGAGAAGGAUCGCGAUGAGACGGCGAAGCGAGAGUCAGAUAUUCGUCGCAAGGCUAGGGAGGUGAACUUCAAAGCACGUCGGCUAGAGGAUGAGCUUGAAAGCAUCAACGAUCGAGCGCGAACCCUCGAGCAAGACCUUACCGAACAACGCGCGUCAGCGCAGAAGCUGCAGGCCCGCCUAACGCAAGCAGAAAGUGCUGCGCAAGACGCACGCGCAGACCUGGAACGGGAGAAGAAAGUCUGGGAAGCAGACUUCCAACAGCGUCUUGAUGAAGAGAAGCAGAAAUGGAGAGCUGAAUUGCACUCCCAUACCCUCCUGUCUGAUGCAAACCACCUCCGCACCGACUCCCCGUCAGCGCCGAAUCGCAGACACUCGCCUGACCCCCUCGGUAUCCACAACCGGCGGGGUAUGCCGCGCUCUAUUUCCCAAGGCAUAGAGAUGCCCCUCUCGCCCAUGGACCGCAUGCUCGACGAAGCCCGCCGGCCGUCCAGCUCGCGCCAGAAAUCCGUCCCGACUACUCGAACGCCUGAAAUUGGCACGCCGCAGCGUCAAGACUCAUUUCCCUCGAUGUCCUCGAACCUCAACGGUGCCAGCGCAUCUAAUACGCCUUCUAUCCACGCUCCCGAUUAUGACGACGCACUUGAGCAUACUUCAUCCCCGCGUGCGACGAUCAACGACAUGAUCUCUGUCUCCACCGUCGGUGCAGGCCCCUCGGUCCAGCUCGUUGAGCGCAUGAGCGCUGCUGUCCGUCGUCUCGAAUCCGAGAAAGCCACUUCGAAGGAGGAAAUGGCCCGCCUUAUCGCCCAACGCGACGAGGCGCGCGAAGAAGUCGUCGCUUUGAUGCGAGAAGUUGAGGAAAAGCGCGCCCAGGACGAAAGGGUAGACAAGCUAGAAAAGGAGCUCAGGGAAAUGGACGAGCGGUAUCAGACCACUCUGGAGAUGCUCGGCGAGAAGAGCGAGAGGGUUGACGAGCUGGAGAGCGAUGUUGCGGACUUGAAGAAGAUUUAUCGCGAUUUGGUGGAGACGAUGAAGUAAACAUAGCUUCGUCUGUGCUUGGAGUUUGGACCCAUUCUCUCCCUUGUCGGAGUUGACUGGUUGACUGGUUGAAAGCAUUUUACGGGGUGUAGGGAUGACAACGGCGGUCCGGGGUUUUUGGUGCCUGGUUUGGAGCUACAUUUCUCCUUCGAUUCUUGACUGGUCUGGCACCGACCGCCCUUUUCAUGAACGUUUAGAUAUAGCGAAGUUGUAGUGUUAUCCACUUCUUUUAACAUGUUUAGAU